GCACCCAGGCUGCCACCACACUCAGGAGUGGAGGCUUCAAAAUGAAAGCAGCUCUAGUUCAGCACCAGCAUGUUCCAGUUUUCUUUAUGAAGCUGUUCUAGAUACAGAUUAACUUCCCCUGCCUCCUGUUGGUCAUUAACUCUGGGAGAAGCUGAGGUUUGAAGGGUUCAUUGCCCCAGCAGAGGGGUGAGCAGGGCACUGUUUCACAGCCACGCUCCUGUGGUGCCUGUCCUGGUGCUUCCAGAGAAACAGACUCCAGGGAGCUGGUUAUUCCCAUGUGUCCUGCUCUGUGUGUCACACACAGCCCCCCUGACUCCUCUUUGGGAGGGCAAACCCCACUUCCAGCAGAGCUGAGCACGUGCCUUGAGCUCUUAAUGGGAGCAGCAGAUUUCCUGAUGUGCUGGAAGAUAAAGAGGUGGCAUAAGGAAGGUUUGUCACCCGAGGAGCUGAGCUGUGCUUGCCUGUGACAGAUGGCAGUGCCCCGGUGAGCAGCGACAGCCAGGGGAGAGCACGGAGCCCAUGGAAUAGAGGAGGAGAACCUCUCCGAGCAGGACCGGGACCAGCCCGAGGCAGAGCCAGGAGCCGGACAUGCCAGAGCCAGCCCCGCUCGGCGGGGACAGGAAAGCGGCGGAGAAGAAGCGGGUGGAGAAGGUGGGAGCCAAGGGCAGCGCUGCCGGGCCGCCAGUCCCCAGGAGCCUCCCUGUGCAGAGCAAGGCGGAGCCGCCCAGCCUGGACCCGGCGGAGGAGCCGCUGCUUUGGGAAGGGCUCACCCUCAACAAGUGCAUCCUGGUGGCCUCCGUGGUGGCCCUGCUCAGCGUCACCUUCCAGGUGCUCCAAGCGCCAUGCGCCAAGGAGGGACUCGCCCGCGGCCGCCAGGAGCCUCCGCCCCCUCCCGUUCCCGAGGUCGUGAGCCCCCAGGUGGAGAUCCCGGAGGCGGUGACUGCCCAGCCUGCGCCACCACCGGAGAGCAGCGCCUUGGAGGAGGAUGAUGAUGAUGAAGACGGUGACGAUGACGAUGAUAGCGAAGCUGACAGCAACCUGGGAGAACCCUGGAUCUUCAAGAAAUGGUUUGGCCGUGCAACACCAGAGGAUGAGGACAAGGAUGGGGACAAGGAUGAAGACAAGGAUGAGGACAAGGAUGAGGACGAGGAUGAGGAUGAGGACAAGGAUGAAGAACCUGCAGAUGUCCCUGAGGUGCCAAUGGCUGUGACAGAGGAGAAGAAGAGCCAGGAGAAGAAGGUGGAGAAGAAGGAGGAGGAGGAGGAGGAGGAGGAGAAGAAGAAGAAGGAGGAGAAGAAGGAGAAAGCCAGGGAAGGCCGUGCUGUCCAUGUGGAGCGGAGCAGCCGGAGGGAGGCACGAGCCAAGGACAGGACAGCGGGGGACAGACCUGGCCGAGUCCCCCGGGCCCCCAGGGAACCGGAGCAGCAGCCCCAGAAGAAGCGGGACCGGGAGAGGAAGGAGAGGAAGGAGAGACGGCGGGAGCGGGAUGAGUCCAGGAGGGAGGGGUGGAGGGGCCGCCCCGGCAGGGCUGACGGCGGCCGGGAGAGCCCGAGGCGGGACUGGAAGCAGCAGAAGGGCAGGAAACCCUGGGAACUGGCACCGGGCAGGGACGGCAGGGCCAGGGAGGGCAAGAGGCGCGACUGAGGCCGGGGUGGGCGCGGGGCUGGAUGGCGCUGGAUCCAGGGGGAUCCAAUCCCACCCCUGCCUGCCCUUCAGGGACACCCCCGGACACGGGCAGCACAGCAAGGACCCCCGAGCAGCAGCAGAGCAGCCCAGGAGCCUGGCAUGAGCCUCUCCAGGGACUUUGGGUCCCUCUGGAUCAAAGGCAACCUAAAAGGACUCAUGGAAGGAGCUUCUUUGGGCCUCCUGCCUUCUCCAUCCCCACCCAAAACCCCUCUGCAGUUCCCCUCCUCGUGGUUCCGGGGAUCCCAGUGAACAGAGUUGUGUCCAGACUGUUCAGCUCUUGGGUUAAUGGUUUUAUUGAAAGCAAAUCAAGAGAGAAGAAUAAUCUGGGUUACGGAGCCAGGCUGCAGCCAUCCUCAGAGGGACAUUAGGGACAUCAGGGACAGACCCCAGCCAACCUCAGCCAGCCCAGUGCCAUCACUGGGGGGUGGCCCAGAAGGUGCUGGUGACAGAGCAGGGCUGGAGCCCUUCACCCAGGGAUCCCUGCGGGCCUUGCCUUCUCCAAGUCACUUGAGGAAGGAAACACAAGAGCAAUAUCACACAGCCAGAGAUGUUCACAGCCCCCACCCAUGGCAGGUUUCAGUAUUUGCUAAAUCAACAGUGGUUAAAAUAAACUAUUUUCAUUUUUAAUAAGGUAUUCAACUGGAUGUUUUUAAAAAAUAGGGUAAAAAACAAAGGAAAACAAGAAAAGCCCUUGUCCCUGGUUAGGUGUUUUGUCCCUGGUUAUGUGUGUGUGUGUUUUCAGGGUUAAUCCUACAGGGCUGUGAGAUGGGACUGGUGGGCACCAACCUCCAGCCGUGCCUCCCCGUGGGGACGCUGCAAAACCCGAGGAGGUGUAGCCAGGACAAGGCCAGGAGCUGCUCCCAGGAGCUGCCCCCCGGCUGAGGGCCGGGCUCAGCUGGAAGAUGAUCUGGGGCAGGCGGCCCGUGCUGACGCCGGCGGGGACACGGAGCAGGUGCUCUGGCAGCCGUUUGCUCCCGCUCCCAUUAAUGGUGUGAGCAGCCCGCGAGGUGUAAGGGGAUCGCUCCCUCCCACCUCCCCUCGGCAGCGGGGUCAGCGCGGGGUGACGCAGAUGUGACCUGGCCGGGAGCCCCAAGGCACGGCCAGCCGCUCCUCACACAGAGCCGUGUCCCCAGGGCAAGGCUGGUCUCUGCCAGGGGAUUUGGCCUCUUGCUCUGCUGUCACAGGUGGAGCCGUGUGGCCA